AUGUCGGAAUCUUCUACACCUUUACGACAGUCAAGUCCGCUAGGGAUGCAUCGAAAGACCCAAGGCAAAAAGCAAACAGCUAAGGACCAGUCAAAGUCUAUGUCACCGAUGACACCACCUACGGUGGAGGCUCAGUAUGGAGGCAAUGACAAGUCUGGCGUCCUACAAGUAUUCCCGUCCGCUUGGUUGCCCUAUCUACAGCUGGUUCGUCUUUGGCCUCCAGCCGCUCUUCUGCUCAUUUUCUUUCCGCACGCGUUUGGCAUUUUGCUUGCGGCAAUAAAAUCCCAGGCACCAGCGGAGUACGUCCUGCGAACCAGCAUUACAGUUUUUGGGGGCUGCUUCUUCUUCUCCAAUGCAGCUCACACAUGGAAUGAUUUGAUCGAUGCACCCUUGGACGCCCAAGUGGAACGGACCCGCAAAAGACCCAUUCCUCGUGGUUCCAUCACACCUAAAGCAGCCAUUCUCUUCGGCGCCACACAGGUGCUAGGUGCUGUCAUCUUUCUCGCAUGCAUGCCGUUAGGACUAUGGACUUCCGGUUUAUACGCCUUACCUAACAUCAUCAGUACGACCUACUACCCGUUCGCUAAGCGGCAUACUCGGUUUCCACAGCUCGUACUCGGGUUUUGCCUCGCAUGGGGUGUGGUCAUGGGGGAGCUGGCUAUGGGAGUGCAGCCCUUGGCUUACUCCCCGGACGCAGCCGGUGUCACCGUUGACACUUCGGUCAUCUUCCUCGUAAUGGGAACUGCUUUGUGGGUCCUCAUCUAUGACACCAUCUACGCACAUCAGGAUCUUCAAGCCGAUCUGAAAGUUGGUAUCAAGAGUUUAGCAGUGCUGUUGCAAGAUCGUACCAAAGCGGUGCUGUGGCCCGUCCUGCUGCUUAUGACCGGCCUUCUGGUGGAAGCUGGCCGAGCGAGUGGGCUGGGGACAUCGUAUCACCUGUUUGCCGUUGGCGGGGCCAGUUUGUCUCUCGGUCUUAUGGUGUGGUGUGUAGAUCUGCAGGAUAGUCGGAGCUGUUGGUGGUGGUUUAGCAACGGCUUCUGGUGGACUGGAGGGACUAUCAUGAUCGGGCUGCUGGUGGAAUAUUCCAUACAGGUAAGAUUUUAG